CGCAACAUUGCCGUUAAGGAUGAGCCGAAAACAGAAGCCGAGGAAAACGGCAUCAAGCAAGAGCCCGCUAGUGAGAAGGAGGAGGCGUCUCUAUGGGGUCGAAAAGCGUCAACUAUGAAGAUCAAACAGGAGCCGGAGYUGCCUAUAAAAAUCAAGUUGGAGAAGCGCAGCAGCAGUCGCGAGUUGAGCCCGACGAGGCGCAGCCCGCUCAGAGAGCAUCUUUAUUCGGAUCAGAGCCCAAACCGGAGAAGACGAAGUGAUGAAGAAAAGCUGAACAAGCGAGAGCGUAAUGUGGAUCAAUCGCCACCCAGAAGAAGAAAAAAUGAUGAUCAAAGCCCUCUCAGGAGGAGAAGAGAUGAUCAAAGUCCACCUAGGAGGAUAAAAGGAGAUGACGAUGAUCAAAGCCCACCCAGAAAGAGACGAGAUGAUGAUCAAAGCCCACCUAGGAGAAAAAAACGAGAUAAUGAUGACAAAAGUCCACCCAGGAGGAGACGAGAUGAUGACCAUAGCCCGCCUAGGAGGAAAAAACGAAAUGAUGACGAUCAAAGCCCGCCCAGGAGACGUUUCAAUGCAGACCAGUCUCCACCUCGAAGAAGAAAGGACGCGGAUCAAAGCCCGCCCAGGCGAGUGCGUAAUACGGAUCAAAGCCCGCCCAGAAGAAGAAGGGAUUCGAAUCAAAGCCCGCCCAGAAGAAGAAAGGACUCAGAUGAAAGCCCGCCUAGAARAAGAAGGGGCUCGGAUCAAAGCCCUCCAAGAAAAAGAAGGGAUUCGGAUCAAAGCCCGCCCAGAAGAAGAAAGGACUCAGAUCAAAGCCCACCCAGAAGACGCCAAGCAGACUUAAAACAACACAGAACUCGACGAGAUUCCGAUCAAUCCCCGCCCAGACAGAGAAGAAAUUCUGAUCAAAGUCCACCUAGGCGACGUCGAUCCGGCAGCCGAGAUCGAAGUCGAGCGUCGCCAGUGCGAAUCAAAAAGGAGGAACGCAAAAGCCGCUGGGCCAAGGAGGAGCCCGCUCGA